AUGCCAUCUGAAUUAGAGGAAUUAGUGUCUUUUCUGCAUUCACCGCAGCCAGCAGUUAGGCAAAUUGCGUUAGAUAAUUUGGUCGGCUUUUCUACUGGUACGAACGCAACUAUAUUCAAAUAUGAUAACUACAGAUCUAUAGAGGAUUUAAAGGAGUUGGUUAAAGACUCUUCUAAAAAGGUCGUUCAACAAUCUGUCACUGUAUUGGCUAACUUAUGUGAUGAUGUAGUGAUGAGGAAGAAGAUUGCAAAUGAUAUUAACUUCCUUACCUACUUGACCUGGAAAAUUUGCGAUUUAAAGAAUACUUCAGCAGAUAUUAUGUGCAUAUUGCUAAGCAAUUUGUCUAAGGAGGACUGUAUUACCAAGAUCUUUGAUAUUGAAAAAGACAAUUCCGGUAAGAUCGAAACUGAUAAGAACGUAUUUAAAAGUACCAAAGUUAUGGAUUGUUUGAUGGAUUGUUUUGUUGGUGGUAACGAUAGGAAGCUAAAUAAAUAUGCUACUUUCGACUAUUUAGCUUUCUUUUUUGCUGAUAUUUCCCGUUUUAGAAAGGGAAGAGAUUACUUUAUUCAAGAACAAGAAUACGAUGGUGUGGUUCCUAUUUCCAAGUUAUUGGUCUUUACUGAAAAGUAUGACAGUAAAAUUAGAAGAGAGGGGGUAGCUUCAACAAUUAAAAACUCUUUGUUUGAUGCAGAAAAGCAUGAAAAGUUGCUUAAUGAUGAGGCAAUAAAUUUAUUGCCUUAUAUUUUACUCCCUAUUACUAGCGGUAAAGACUCUAUGAUUGAUGAAGAAGACAUGUUUAAACUACCUGAUGAGUUACAGCUAUUACCUGAAGAUAAGCAAAGAGAUCCUAUACCAGAGAUUAUCUGUACUCAUUUAGAAAGCAUCUUACUUUUGUGCACUACUGCAGUUGGGAGGGAAUAUAUGAGAGAAAAAUCAGUAUACCCAUUGGUCAGGGAAUUACAUUCUAGCACUGAAAAUGAUGAUGUCCGUGAUUUAUGUACUAGAGUAGUUAAUAUGUUGAUGAGAGGUGAACCUGAUCAAGCGCAAAUUACUGAAUUACCGUCGAAGUCUAUAGAAGACGAAGAGGAAGAACAGUCUGAUGACGAUGACGCAAUUGUCGAGGUCAUUUAG